GCGCAACACGCAGGAAGCCUAUAAGUGCGGCACUCUAAACAAUCUCACGCAAUGGCUUCCCAACCAGGACCCCUCACGCAAUGGCCAUGGCAGAAGCUUGGAAACAUGAAGUAUUUGCUGUUGGCUCCAUGGUUGGCACACAGCACGCGCAACUUCAUGGUAAGAAAGGCAGGGGAGCGGGCAACGCUCGACCUGUUCAUCUUCCCCAUAUUUCUGCUGAGGUUGCUGCUUGCCCAGCUCUGGAUCACUGUCUCCCGUCUCAAGACAGCCAACGGCAAGCAACGCAUAGUUGACAAAAGCCUCGAGUUCGAGCAAGUGGACAGAGAAAGGAAUUGGGAUGACCAGAUCAUCUUGACAGCUCUCCUAUAUUACAUGGCAAAUGUGCUUAUUCCUGGAGUGCCACAAGCGCCGUUGUGGGAUUCUAAAGGAGUGCUUGUCGUGAUAGCUCUUCAUACAGGCCCUGUGGAGUUCCUCUACUAUUGGUUUCAUCGAGCUUUGCAUCACCAUUACCUCUAUUCUCGUUACCAUUCCCAUCACCAUGCUUCCAUCGUCACUGAGCCUAUAACAUCUGUCGUCCAUCCGUUUGCUGAAGAGCUAGUUUACUUCCUGCUCUUCGCAAUUCCUCUAGUAACCACGGCUCUAACUGGAAUAGUUUCCUUGGCAGCAGGGUUUGGGUAUUUGAUUUAUAUCGAUUUCAUGAACUACAUGGGCCACUGCAACUUUGAGAUGGUGCCGAAGUGGUUGUUCAAUGCCUUUCCCCCUCUGAAGUACUUCAUGUACACUCCCUCGUUUCACUCCCUUCAUCACACCAAAUUUCGAACUAACUACUCAUUGUUCAUGCCCAUAUAUGACUACAUAUAUGGGACAAUGGAUGAGUCUUCAGAAGAGUUAUACGAAAAGUCCUUGACAAAAAAGGAGGAAAUUGUUGAUGUUGUUCAUCUCACCCACUUGACCACCUUGCAAUCCAUGUACCAUUCACGAAUUGCCUUUGCCUCACUAGCUUCUAAGCCAUACAGCAACAAAUGCUACUUGUGGAUUUUAUUUCCCUUCUCAUAUGCAUUGGUGUUUGUAGCUUCUAUAUUUGGGACUACUGUCGCCGUAGAGAGGAAUAAAUUUAAAAAACUGCAAAUGGAGACAUGGGUGGUGCCAAGAUUCACCUUCCAAUAUUUAUCAGGGAUUGAGAAAGAGAAAAUAAAUGACAUGAUUGAAAAUUCUAUAUUAGAAGCUGACAAGAUGGGCGCAAAAGUUAUAAGUUUAGGCCUGCUAAACCAAGAUGAUGAACUGAAUGAAUAUGGUAAGCUUUAUGUUAAAAGGAAUCCCAUGCUUAAGGCAAAAAUAGUCGACGGAACUAGUUUAGCAACCGCAGUGCUUCUCAACCGGAUCCCGGAAGAAACAGAGAGUGUUCUUCUUGUAGGAAGAGUUUCUAAGUUGGCUCUCUCUUUGUGCUUGUCCUUGUCUCAUAAAGGAAUCAAGGUAGAGGUGGCGCAAAAAGAAAAAUACAAAAUUUUGAAGCAAAAAAUGCCACCUGAGCUUCAAAGUUAUUUGGUUUUACCUCAGUGUUACGAAAGCAAGAUAUGGCUAUGUGGAAAUGGAACCCAUGAAAAAGAAAUGAAGAAAGCCAGAGAAGGGACUCAUUUUAUUCCCAUUUCUCAAUUCCCUUUGAAAACGGCAAGUGGAGACUGUUUUUAUCACUGCACGCUUGCAAUGCUGGCCCCAAAGGCAUAUGAGAACCUGCAUACUUGUGAGAACUGGCUUCCGAGAAGGGCGAUGAGCGCGUGGCGCGUGGCUGGAAUAGUUCAUGCGUUGGAAGGGUGGGACACACACGAAUGCGGUGACAUGGUGACCAACGUGGAUAGAGUAUGGCGAGCUGCUCUUGCCCAUGGCUUUCUUCCAUUCGAUGCCACUUCUCCUGCAAGCUAGUAAUCCGGGGUAACCACUUCCCCUGCGUGCUGUUAACUACUUUUGUGUAAUGAUUAUAUGAACAAUUGCCACUGUUGCUUCGUGAGUGAGGAGGAAAUUAAAUUUCCUAGUGCUAAAAAGAAAAAGGAGUGCUAUUCUACUA